UCAGCUCUGCCUCCCAGCCACCCUCCCACGCCUCCUGCGAGGCGCAGCAGCUCUACAUAAACGCAGCCCCGCUGCUAGCGCAGGGCACUCGCCUCUCAGCCCGACCCAGGAGGCUCGCCCGGCGGGCGGGACGGGGGACAUAGGCGAGGCGAGGCGAGGCGGCUCCGUCAGCGCUUGGCGUGAGGCGCGGCGGCAGCUCAGCUCAGCUCAGCCCGCGCCCGCAGAGCGAGAAGGGGCCAGAGCAGACGCUGCCCGCGCCCGCAGCCAGAGGCUCUGCCGGCGCGGAGCAGAGGACGGCGAGAGGGGCCGAGAGGCGGCUGCACCCCCGCCACCCGCCGGAGUAAGGGCAGGCGGCGGCGGCGGGCUCGCUCCGGGAUGGCCCUGGCGGACAGCGCCCGGGGGUUGCCGAACGGGGGCGGCGUGUCCCCGGCGGCGGGGCCGGGCUCGGGGGCCGCGGGCUCGUCCGCCUUCCCGGAGAUCGUGGAGCUGAACGUGGGCGGGCAGGUGUACGUGACGCGGCGGGGCACGGUGGUGUCGGUGCGGGACUCGCUGCUCUGGCGCAUGUUCUCGCAGCAGCAGCCCGGCGAGCUGCCCCGGGACAGCAAAGGCCGCUUCUUCCUCGACCGCGACGGCUUCCUCUUCCGCUACAUCCUGGACUACCUGCGGGACCUGCAGCUGGUGCUGCCCGAGCACUUCCCCGAGCGCAGCCGCCUGCAGCGGGAGGCCGAGUACUUCCAGCUGCCGGAGCUGGCGCGCCGCCUGGCGCAGGGCCGGGGGGCGGCCGGCGGGGGGACGCGCCCCGCCGCCCUCCACCGCGACGGCUCCCUCUGCGCCGACGAGCCCCCGCCCCUGCUCGGCUGCCUGGAGGCGGAGCCGCCCGAGGCGGGGGGCGCCGCCCCGGCCCCGGCCCCGGCCCCGUCGCCCCCCUCCAGCCGCAGCCCCUCCGGCGGCCCGCUGCUCACCCCGUCGCAGUCCCUGGACGGCGGGGCGGGGCGGCGCUCGGGCUACAUCACCAUCGGCUACCGCGGCUCCUACACCAUCGGGCGGGAGGCGCAGGCCGACGCCAAGUUCCGGCGGGUGGCGCGCAUCACCGUGUGCGGCAAGACGGCGCUGGCCAAGGAGGUGUUCGGCGAGACGCUGAACGAGAGCCGCGACCCCGACCGGCCCCCCGAGCGCUACACCGCCCGCUACUACCUCAAGUUCAACUUCCUGGAGCAGGCCUUCGACCGCCUCUCCGAGGCCGGCUUCCGCAUGGCCGCCUGCUCCUCCACCGGCACCUGCGCCUUCGCCCCCGAGCUGGGCGGCCCCGCCGACGACAAGAUCUGGACCAGCUACACCGAGUACGUGUUCUGCAGGGACUGAGGCGGCGGACGCGGCACACGCCCCUUGUGCGUCCCCAGCCCCUCGCCCCCACCCCGCCAACCUCUUGCCCCGCACCCCCGCCAGGCCCCCAGCUGGCUGCCAGCCCCUCCCCCCCCCACACCCGAUAGCAAGUGGAUGUGGAAAA